CCGGAGUCAGUGUUAAGAGAAAGGGAUUAAGGUUUAUCAAAGUUUUGGCUUUGUUGCAAAAGCAAGUCAAGACUUAACUUUUCUCUGGUGAACAAGUGUGCAGUUUGUGACAUAUGUCGGUCCAAGACAUAAAUAAACAUGCAGUGCUCCCUCCUAUCAUUAGUAGAAGUGACAAGGAAUUUUUGGAAAGUAUGCAAAGAUACAUAAUUACAGAAACUGAAAGAGUGGGCUGUAAUGAGGAAGGACCUGCUGAUGAAUAUUACAUCAUAUACCGAAACGUUUUUGAUAAGGUGAUAGAGUAUGUCACUGCAUACAAAUCCAUUCUUACUUCAAUCAAAAAAGAAUAUGAUGCCUUUAUUGAAACAAUAAAGAAAAGCCAAAGAACUGCAUUUUAUCUUCAUGGAAAACUUAAAGUUUUGGCAGCAGAGCCCACAGCAUUGGUAUAUCACAGGAAAAGAACAAUUCAACUAGAAGCAAAAAUGAGGGUUAUUGAAAAUAAUUCCUCAAAGAUUCAAUUGCAAAUAGACAGAAUGAAACAACUUAGGGCAGAGUAUGACACGAACGAAGUAAAAUAUUGUACUUUCUCCAAAGAUCCUUCAAAACCUAUUCCAGGCAUGACUCUCCAAGAAUCCGUCAAUUUAGAUGCUCUCACUAAAUAUCUGAAACAUCUUGAAGCUAAAUAUGCAGAAAUUAAACAAGUUAUGUUGAAAAAAUAUGUACCAGCUCAGAGGAAGGUGGAUUUAGAUGAAGAAAUGACUGUGAUAUUAAAACGGCGAGAUUUAGCUGAAAAUCUGAACAAAGAAUUACAGUUUCGUCAUCAAAGACUGCAGACUAUUUUGUAUGCACUUACUUCACUGGUAAAAUCUGAUAAGAGCAGCUCCUUUCAAGACUUCGAGGAGCAAAUUCAGAAAAGUAAAGAUUUACAUGGUGAUCGAGGCAUUGUUGAGGAGCUGUUUGAAGAUGAUCCAGGCAAGGCAAAAGACGCUGAAAUUUUGCUUUACUACAUUGAAAGGUUCAAUGAAUUAAUCUCACUUGGUGAAUAUGAAAAGGCAGCUUGUUUAGCCGCGAACAGUCCUAGAAGAAUUCUUCAAAACAUUGGGACAAUGAAUAAAUUUAAGGGUAAGCAUUUUUCUCUGAACCUUAUAUAUAUAUAUGCAAAUUAUACUUUUUUUUCCCCUGAUAGAAUGGAAAGAGUAUUGAACUAGGAGACUAAAGAUCUAGGCUCCAGCCUUAUCUCUACCAUUUACUUAGUUUCCUUAGCUGUAACAUUAAGGAAUUUGAUUAGGUUUCUAAAUUAAGUUAUGAAAUAUUUCAAAUAUACAGAAAAGUAUGGAGAAACACA